UGGCGGGCUGUCUCCUGUAAUUUUAGCGCACACCGAUGCAGAGGAAAGAUUUAAUGGGCAUUGGUUGGCGUACCCUCUUCUGAGGGCGUAAAGGAGACGGAGCGAGCAGAGAGGGAGGGGAGCAGAGGGAGAGAGAAAGGCAACGUAUGAGGGCUGCUGUGGCUCAGAAAUAAAGUCAGGCAACUAUCCGGAGCAGCAUGACUCUUCUAACACUUGGACUUUAUCUGCCUCUGUGGUUUUGUUAUGGCCUGGCUCAAUCCACUUUUCUGGACAGCUUUAUUUCAUUCCCAGCAGCUCUCAGAUCCCAGGAGCAGCAGAAGAGAUUCAGCCCAUGCUGUUUAAUGGGUCCGCCUCCACCCCCACUGUUUCCUCCACCCCCUUCACUUUGGCACCGCUACACUCAUAAUGAAGAAACUUCAAAUCAUGGUGGUGAGUUAGGGCCGGGCAGUGAAGACAAAGGUUCUGUCUGCAUCCGAGGCCCCCCUGGGCCUGCUGGUCCCCCUGGCCUUGAGGGUCCACCUGGAUUACCAGGGAUAGGAGGGCCCAAGGGAGAAAAGGGAGAAAUCGGAAGACCUGGGCAAAAGGGUCGGACAGGUCCUUCUGGACCUCCUGGGAAGCAGGGACCAGCUGGAUGGCCAGGACCAAGUGGGCACAAAGGUGAGAAAGGUGACCCGGGGCUGAUGGGUUUGCCCGGAGCCAGAGGACCAAUUGGGCCACGGGGUUUACUUGGGAAUAAAGGGGAAAAGGGUUCUCGAGGUGAUCGUGGUGAGAGUGGCCUGAAAGGAGACAAGGGGGUGAUGGGUUUCCCAGGAAUGCUUGGAGAGAAAGGCGAAAUGGGUCCAAAAGGAGAACCUGGAAUCUCAGGAAACAGAGGACCCACUGGCCGACCAGGGAAGAGAGGCAAGCAGGGAGUGAAAGGAGACCCGGGCAUCAUUGGGCCUAUGGGACCUGCAGGCCCGCAGGGACCUGCAGGCCACCCUGGUCCUCCUGGUUCACCUGCCACAGGACUAUACAUGCUUGGAACAAAGGGUGCACGUGGUCCUCCAGGGCCUCCUGGGAAGUGUAGCUGCAGCUCUCUCAGUAGUUCUCCAUUUGAUGAUUAUCCUUCCAGAGGAAACUAUCCCAAAGUACCAGCGAUAUUCGUUGUCAGCAAUGAGGAAGAACUGGAGCGCCUUCACACAGAUAAUGCUCUUGCAUUCCGUAAAGACCAGAGAUCUCUCUAUUUCAAAGACAUUGAUGGCUGGCUGCCAGUCCAGACCUUUCCAUUCCAGUUGUCGCCGUUCCAGUCCAUGGAAAACGCACCUGAUGAUGAAGGUUACUGUGGUGACGGGAUAGUACAGAUUUCCAGCGGGGAGGAGUGUGAUGACAGAAACAGAGUCGUCACUGAUGGCUGUGUCAAGUGUAAACACGCUUACUGUGGAGACGGAUACCGCUAUGAAGGGGCAGAGGAGUGUGAUGGAAAGGACUUUGGAUACCAGACAUGUAAUUCAUAUCUUCCGGGGUCAUAUGGUCACCUCAAGUGCACACCAUACUGUGUUAUUGACUCCACAAACUGCAAGUACUUCACUUGAGGAGGAAGCUGGACAGUGCAGCGGGAUCCUCUGUGUGUUAUUUGCUUGACACAUGACAACAGGAAUAUUUUCAUGCAAAAAAAAAGAACAAUAACACUCCAAGCGAGAGACUGUAAAGGUAGAGGCAGCCAAUGAUUCUAACAAAACAUAUAUAUAUAUAUAUAUAUAUAUAUAACUCCUCUGUAUCGCUGCUGAGAUGCCAUGUAGCUCCCCGGAGUUAUAAUCGGUCAGUGGAGGGGAACACCUUCACCAACACAUAAAUGCACAGGAUAACUGCACUCCGUCUUAACAAGCAGGACUUAAGACUGGCCUCCUCACCAUGCCCGAUUGGACCGGAAUCAGCCUCUGGAUGUAACAGCUGUGUGACAGCCAUGCAGAGACUUAAUAAAGUGCCAGUGGGAGAUGUUGCAGAGGAACAGUAGACAGGCCAGAGGCGUAAUAAUCUUGACCCAGUUACUGUUGAGAAAGAGAGGCAGUAGGACAUCCAGAGCCAUGGCCUCAGGUAUUCUACUGCAGUGCACAACAUUUGCAUGAGGCUGGGAUUGUCAUGACAGUAGCUGUCACUAUCCAAGCAUGUAACCCAUCACUUUACUUAUUGCCACGAUAAGGUUCGCACUAUGUAGUCUCAAUAUCACAUCAAGAAUUUCAGGUUUGGAGGUAAAACCAGGCAUAUGAUAAGAUUAAUAUGUACGGUGAUAAAGGUGGAUAUAGGUCAUGAAUUAUACAUGUGUAAUAUUUCACUGACACUGUUAUACCAGGAAGCCACUCUUUCAGAGGCCGACUCGGCUUCAUUAGCUUGAGGUGGUACUGUUCUUGACAGUUCUGGACAUUCAGUCUGGGCAAGGUUUCAUAAAUCCAAAAAUUUCUCAGGAACCAACAGGUAAUGUAGCUCCACACAGGACCUUUCACAGGCAUCCUCCACUACUCUCUUUGUGAUAUUAAAUGGCAGUGACUGUAAGCUGAAGCACACAGGUAACUCAAACAAGAGCUUUAAAGUAUCGACAAGGCGUAGUCCUCUAGGUAAGAGUUUCUUGCCUGUGCUUCAGUGAGAAAAAAAAAUACUGUAUGUGAAGGCUUGAAACUGUUAUGUCCUUAAUUUUUUCACUGCACAGAAAGGCUGGAAUAGUCUGUAGCUGCUAAAAGGUGGAGGAAUUUCAAUUCCAGUCUGUUCUAUGGUCAUUACUGUAUUUACUCCAAUACCUCUUUAUCCAGUCUUUCUGUCUUAUGGUAUAUACAGCAACAGAGAAACUCAUCAGUAAACUUAACAGUGUAAAUGUAGUCUGCUGUGUGUUGGGCACCAAAGGUGAAAAUGACUUUGCUGAUAUAAGAUGACAUUUUCCAUAAGGUACUGUAUAAGUCCCAGUGCCAAGGGAGACCUUUUUCUCAGCCAUACUUACAUGUAGUCAGGUGAUUCUUCUGUAAAAGUGAUCUAAAGAUAAAGACUGUUAACUAUAUUGUCUCCGCAUGCUUUGUGAUACCGUGCUAAUGAGUGUGAAAUGCUUCCACUUUGUCAAACAUGGUUUUGUAAAUGAUUGCAUUCAUCAGUAUAGCAGGUGUCUUAAGAAAUAUCAGUCUUGCUCUGCCCAAGGUGUAGCUAAGUACUGUAUGUUUUACACACCUUAGUUGAUAGUGAUGAACUGUGCAACGCACAAAACUGAAAUACCUUUUGGAAACUAUGUUGAAUGUUCUGCCUGUGCUCCUGGACUGUUUAUGCACAACAGUGCUGAAACAUAACAUGCAUGUGGUAACGUACUGUAAGGCUUUAUGAAAUAUAAUAUGCACUGUGACUGGGUAGUGAAAGUUCAUUUUGUUGCAUUAUUCUGAUAUGAUUUAUACAGUAGUUGUGGAUCAUUUUAAAAAGAAAUGAAAAUAAAAGAGGAAUUUAAAUCA